AUACUUUAUUGCAGUUAAACAAACACCUUUAUGGCGCCAGACGCCGCGUUUAUGGCGACUGACUGUGCCACUUCCUGGUGUCAGAUGUGUCUUAUGAUCCAUCGAUCGCAGCACACAAGUUGACUAGUCACUGAGGAGCUGCACGAUGAGUCAAGCCCUCGGCAUGUGACUGUACUGAGGACACAAUGCUCCGAUCAGGAUUGUUGCUGCCCAUCACUGAUGAACUUGUCUGCGUGCAUGUGAAAAAAUGAAGCAUUAAAUCAUUUGAAUUCAGACACGUUUUUAUAUCCCUCCUCAAGAAGGCAAAACAAUAGAAAACCCUCGCAGCAUGCAGCACCUGUUCUGUCAAAAGGACAACUGAAAAACAUUUAAUUUGAUGUGAGACACUGCACUUUGACGAAUCUCUUGAGACGUUGCUAUAUAUGUAAUAUACAUGAAAUAUUUCCAUACUGGCCGCUUGUAGCAGGACUCCCAUACAGAGAGCGCUGCAUUUAUGAGAGUUUCCACUCCAGACGUUUUCAAACAUUUCAGCUUGAAGUGGCUGAUGAACACUGCACUGGACUCCAAAACAGCGACGGAUUCGGUCGUUUCCGUCCGACCUGGUCAGCUGGGUGAAAUUAAUUAUUUUUUGGGCAAUUUUCCGAAUGUCCCCCCUUUAGUUUAGGGGAGGACAAAGUCAAACAUGGAAGUGAGUCAUGUCGGUCGUGUUGAUGGUGGAUCUGAUGACGCUCCGAGUCUGAGGACCGCCACCAUUGAACCUGCAAGCUCCGCCCCCCUGGCUUGGAGCAUGUGCAGCAAGGUUUAUUGUUUAUGUUUCGAAGGUAAACACAAGUCCAAGUCUUUGAACAAUGCUUGAACACUUAGCUCGUACUUUUUCCUCUCAUUUCCUGUAUAAACCAUCAUCUCAACAGCAACUUGACCAAAACCGCAGCCAGUUCUGCGGCUCACUGGGUGAAGAGAGCCGUGAGUCGGCCAGGCCUGAGCGAGCGUGUUAGCGGUGAACGUUAACGACCGGGUGAAAUAAACGUCUGUUGUCCUCCAGACUCUUCAUCCUCAGUCCAGUAGGUUAUUAUCAGUCCCAGUCCGUUCAGAUCCAUUGGUGCUGGCUUUAGCUUCAGGAUGGGCUCUCAGCGGAGUCCCGGCAGAUACGUGUGUGGCAUGUGUGGAGUCUGAAGAGGACCUCGCCUCUGUCCCCCGCCGGCCCCUCAGCUGCUUCCCAUGACCAGACAAACGGGCCGGAGACUGUGUUGAGGAGGAGCGAUGCUCAAACAUCAACUGCGAGUCAUGCAUUCUUUGGUCGAUCAGUAUCAGCUGAAGCUCAUCCUCCGCUGACUCUGCUCCUCCUAGCAUACCUGUGCUCCCUGCUUCUCCUCAGGGGUUUUUCCACACUACACCUCCUCCUCUCCUGACACCUCUCCUAUCUCCACAGUAAUGACUUUUACGAGUCUUUCUUUGACGUCUGUUUACUCUAGUGGUGUCAGACAGUCCUGCGCUCCAGCAGUUAUUGCUCCUCCCCCUCUGAAGGGCAGGAAUUCUGGGCUGAAUGGAAAGGCCGAUCAAGGACACAAGGAAAUAGAUAAGCUCAAAUGAACCUUUACACAUGCUUCUCUCUGAGGAGGAUGGAAUGUUCCGUCCAGACUGGAGAUGAGAUCUUCCUCAGGAGGAGGAGUGUGGCGGUCUCUUGUUCUCCAGUGAGCGACUUAAGAGCUGAGCCACAAGACAAAGUUUGAACCCAGAACUAGAGUUUCAGCUCAGUCACCCAGGAGAGACUCAGAGGAGAACCUCUGCUCCUCCAGUUGAGGUGUUCCACUGGGAGAAGGCCCCGGGGCAGACCCGGGAGACUCUGCUCUCGUCUGUGGUUUCCUCUCUCCUUCUGAAAUUGAUCCGGUGACGGACGCAGCAUCUCAUGGAUGCUGGUGUUUUCAUCUGUCAGGACUCUACUCCUAGCAGGGGGCUUGUGCAGCAGAAGGAUGUUAGGGUCACGAACUACGCUAGCUGGUUUUUAUUGAGGAGCAGACGGACAUGUCCGCUGUGCUAGGAAGUCACUCACUUUCAUUGCUAACAUGAGCUAACAAUGAUGGGUGGCAAGUGCUUUGCUCCCGCUAGUCUUAGCUUUAGCCUGUUGCUAGCUCAAAUGCUGCACAGAGUCAGCGCAGUGGUGGUGUGAUGUAUGGAGAGAUUGUGUUGUGCUCCUUCCACGAUCCAUUUCACAUGAAUGACAAAUCGUGACAUGCUAGCUUUAGCGUGCUCUGUCAUGUGGACAUUUUGCUCUGUUUUCUGAUUGAAGCCGUGGGAUGGAUGAGAAGCUCUGUCCUUGACAGCAAACUCUAUCGGGGGUCGGACUUACUGGUGGAGGCAAAGAAAUGAUCAGUGAUGUGACCUACUGAGAUGGUCUGUACAAGCUGCCAGUCUCUCGCAAGUCCUCUGUGUUCCUCAUAGCUGCUGGACACUUUAUUUUCCAGGUUGACCCCGACCUCCGGGCAGGUGCGAAAAUACUUGCCAUUUAGCGUCCGGGGAAGCUGCCGAGCGAAGGCAGUGACGCAGGUCUGAGGGCCACGUCUAACAACAAAGUGAAGGAGAUGGUUCUGCUGGAGCUCAGCUACGUCAACUCCAACCUGCAGCUGCUGACGGGACAACUGGAAGGACUCAACAGCUCCGUGGAGGUCUACCAGAACACACAUGAAACGGCCAACAUCCCGCUCAUCGCUCUCGGCCUGAAGGAGACAAAAGAAGUGGACUUCUCCACGCCGUUCAAGGACUUCAUCCUGGAGCACUACAGCGAGGAUGGGAACAGCUACGAGGAGGAGAUUGCCGACCUGAUGGACCUGCGGCAGGCCUGUAGGACUCCGAGUCGGAACGAAGCCGGGGUGGAGCUGCUGGCCAAGUACUACAGUCAGCUGCCUCUGAUGGAGAGUCGCUUCUUUGGCCCCAACCGGCCCAAUGGGAUCUUCUUCAGCUGGUACGACUCCUUCACGGGGGUCCCGCUGUGCCAGCAGAACCUGUCUCUGGAGAAGGCCAGCAUCCUCUUCAACAUCGCCGCCCUCUUCUCUCAGAUCGGAACCCGUGCGGACCGCCAGACCACUGUCGGCCUGGAUGAAGCCAUCUCAUCCUUCCAGAAGGCGGCGGGUGUCCUGAACCUGUUGAAGGAGACUUUCACUCACAUCCCCAGCUACGACAUGAGUCCGGCCAUGCUCAGCACGCUGAUCCGGAUGAUGCUGGCCCAGUCCCAGGAGUGUCUGUUCGAGAAGACGGCGCUGCCCGGGAUCAGGAACCAGUUCCUGCCUCUGCUGAGGAUGGCCCAGGAGGCCGCCAAGGUCUCGGAGGUCUACGAUCAGGUGCACCAGUCCAUGAUCCAGUCGCCUGUCAAAGACAACGUGCCCUCCUUCUGGUCCACCAACGCUCAGGUCAAGACUCACCACUACCGCUCCAUGGCCCACUACUUUGUGGCGUCCGCACUUCUGGACCACCAACUGGGGCCCGGUGAUGACGAGGACCAGCAGGAGAAAACCUUGUCCCAAGUCUACGACUCCAUCCCCGAGGGCCGGUCCCCACAGGACAUCCUGAAGAAGCGAGACCAGCGCGAAUGUGUGGGCAAGGCUCACAUCCGCCGAGCCAUCCUGGGCCACGAGGAGGCGCUGAGGAUCUACGCUCUGUGCCACCAGCUGCACGAGCUGGAGGUCCUGCAGGAGAUUCUGAAGGCCAGCCACGAGCGCUCGCUCCACAAGUCCAGCGAGCACGAGCGUGAGGACGAGUUCCCCGACUACAUGGAGGCCCCCGACAUCAUAGCCAAAACGGAGCACAAAGCUGAGAUGCAGCUCCCGCCCAUCACCAAGGUGAAAGUGGUGGACUUUUUCCACCGACUGGGUCCUCUGUCAGUGUUCUCAGCGAAGCAGCGCUGGACGCCGCCACGGACGAUACGGCUCCGGCCAGUGGACAGAGACCUGGGCUUCACACUGAAGGGCGGCUCCCCGGUCCAGGUGGUGUCGUUGGACCCGCUCAACCCAGUCACUGCUGACGGGCUGAAAGAGGGCGACUUCAUCGUUGCCGUCGGCGACACAGACUGUAAGUGGAUGAGCAUCAGCGAAGUGAUGCGGCUGCUGAAGGACGUCGGCGAGGACGGAGCGGACAUCCAGGUGGUCAGUCUGAUGGAGAUGAUGCCCUCCAUGCCCACCAAAAGCGCCACCUUCUCCGGGAACCUCCCCAAGACCUACUCCAUGAUCUGCCUGGACUUGGACGACGACGACAAGAAUCCCAAGUCGCGUAAAGUCACCAAGAAGUCGUCCUUCCUGAGCUGGGGCCUGAAGAACAAGCUGAAGAGCGCCAGCACGCUGAGCCUGCCCACCGCCGACCACUCGGGCACGCUGCCCUGGACCAAGCCCAGCCCCAGCUUCCCCAGCUCCAGCGCAUUCAACGACAGCGCCCUCUACUGACCUGGCCCCGUGUGCUCAUCUGUACGGGACUGGAGAGCGGAUGGCGCCACCCUCAGGGAUUGUCACGCACUACAUUCCAGACCAGUGGAGGACAGCGCAGAAGCAUCGUGGGAAAAUGUUCCUGAGGUGCGCCAAGCUCACGUCACACGCCGCAGUAACCAGACAAGGGCUGGGCUGGUCGACGCCGAGUCGCAGCUCAGGCGUGUUGUUGCUCUCUUCCUCUUGUGGGGAGAGCCUCAGACUCGGAGGUGCUGAUCCUCACCUGACCCGACCUCUUGUCUGGUUACCGCUGGCAUGUGACGUCGCUCGUUGGCGGCCACUCCAAUCCCACCAUACGCUGCUAAAAUCACUUGUAAACUCUAAUGUUGAGCUCUUGUCACUUUUGUACGCCGACAACCUGUGAGGACUGCAGUUCCGUGGAGGGCCACACGGCCGACCCCACUGUGUUCCCCACAAAUGUCUUAAGAGUCUGGUCUCCACAACAGCCAAUCACCGGGCGGCAGCGGUCCCGUUUCUCAGCCCUGUCACCACCGACCUGGGGACUGCAGCCCAUCGACGUCAGACAAGCUUCUCCAAACGACGAUGCAAGUGGACUGAGAACAGAGGCAGGGCAGCAAUGCUAGCAGCGUUAUCCUCCCGGAAUUAAAACGGACACCGUUGCCCUUUUGUCCUGACUCACCUGUGCGCCUGUCUUUUGGCGCCUGGUGUGGUGGAGUUUGACUCUUCAGCUGCCGCGCGCCACACAGGUACAUCCCAGCGCUGCAGGGACACCCCCAAAACCUUUGGGGUUUCAGUCGUCCAACAGAGACUCAGAGUAGUUCCUCUGCGACUGCCAGGACCCUGGGGGUGGCGCUGUGUCCUGAUGCCUUGGACUCAGUGUUGGACCAACUUUUGUCUACAAAGUAGAUUCUUAUUCACGUUUGAUAAUCAAAUCAUUUACAUGGCCCAAAUAUGAAGGUGUCGGUGGGUUUGUCGCUCUUGGUUGUGAUGAAGGAAUGAAUCUUCUGAGGCGCUCGCGUGGCGCCCUCUGCUGGUGAAGGAAAAUGCCACUCAUGAACGUUGAUCCGUGUCGCUCCUCGUGCCUUCAGUGUAAGUCUGACUUUAAUAAAAGAACGUGGGGGAAGGGCAGGUGUGUGCUGUUCUGGGGUGUGGAACCCGCCCGAGGUGAGGUGGGGGCGAGGCUGGGAGCAGAGCAGGGAGGACGGAGUGAUCCGGAUCACUCCCAAAACUGCUCCCUCUGAAGGGGAGUCUCUCCUGUGAGGGGUUCACGGGU